AUGGCGUUGAGUUUGGGAGAUCCUCAUGACGAUCGCGUGGAGCGCGCGGCGGUGCGGCAGGGCUGGCGACACGGCUGCUACUUCUGCAAGAGACGAUUCCAAGGUCCAUCCCAUCUCAGUCGUCAUCUUGUGACCCACACGAAGGAAAAAGUGGGCGGAAGGUGUCCCACUUGUCGAAAAAGUUUCUCCUCCAAACAUUCCCUGACCAUUCAUCAAUUCGCCCACCUCUCCGAAGACGAGAAGGUCGCCCUCUUGAAGCAGGGAGGAACGGGUCACGUGUGCUUAUUUUGCCGCAAGAAAUUCGCCCACAACGGCGCUUAUCAUGCUCACCUGGUCUCCCACACGGAGGAGAAACCUUUCCCCUGCGACCAGUGUGGAAAGCUGUUCCCUCGUAGUAAAAGCUUAAACUUGCACAAGAGCAUUCACAGCGCGGAUCCGCGACCGUUCAGUUGCGACGAGUGUGACAAAGCGUUCACUAGUAAUGCAAAUCUGGGCAGCCACAAGAAGAGGAUUCGCGGGGGGCUGAAGGACAUCGCUUGUCCCGAGUGUACCAAGAUGUUCGGGAGAAAGGGUGCCAUGGAGCGACAUGUGAAGGGUGUUCAUGCCAAGAUCCGGCACCCCUGCCCCCACUGUGACCAGACGUUCACGCGGAAAGGCAGUCUUGGGACGCAUUUCAAGAAGCUUCAUCCACCAGAAUAA